AUAAACAAAUGUGACUGGUAAAGAAUAUCAGGUGCUUUGACUGGAUUGCUAUUAAAUAUUCCGAUAGGAUGUGUCUUGUUAAAAUAAACUUCAUGUUCCAGUGGAUUUAACACGUCAGACCUGCUCAAAUGACAAUUGCACUAUGAAUAUGCACUGAUGAUGCCAUCAUCCAUAAAAAGUUCUAUUUUCAGAUGUAGUCUCUCCUCAUAUUCUUUACAUUUAUUCUAAAACAAAUGUUUGCUUAAGUGUCAUGUAGUAGUGGAAGGUGUUUUGAAAAAGGCUGGACAGAGCUUUGGAAAUUAUUCUGAAUGUCCUUAACCGUUACUUACAAGGCAACAGACAGAUUACCUCAUGAUCUUUUCCUGUCUAGGUUUUAAUGAUUCAUAUUGAAUGAAAAUCUAUUAAUGAAUAUAGAGAAGGUCUUUUCUCAGCAGAUUUGUGUCACUAAUCUGUGUUGUGUCUCAUGUGGAUAAGAGCUUUUCAGUAUGAAUUCAGUACUUAAGAUAUCUUGAAUUAGGGCUACUAUAAGAAAAAUGUCCACUGAAGGUUAUUUUGUCAGAAAAGUGCAUAACGAAGUAAAAAUUGUGUCAGGGAAAAGGUAGUUUUUUGAUGUUCUUUUUUAGAUGACCGGGGUGCUGCUGGGUGCUGUUCUGGGCCCAUUGUUUCUCAGCACCUUUAUAAAUGACUUGGAUGAAUGGUAUUGAGGGGAUGCUUAUCAAAUUUGCAGAUGACAUCAAACUUGGAGGGUUUGCCAUUACUGUUGAAGACAAAAUCAGAAUAUGGAGGAAAGUGAGAUUACAGGAGCACUUGUAAAUGAGACGGAGAAUGUUAAAGAACCAGAUAAAUUAAAGAGUAUGGAGAAUGGUGAGCCUCCAGGCACACUUGGGAACAAAACAAAGCACCUUGGAGAACAGGAAAAAGACAAAACUACUGAGGAAGGCCAAGUUGAAGACCAGCGUGUCACAGAGGCGGAAAGGGAACGGCAAGAAUGGGAGGAGAAGGUUGCCAAAGCUGAAAAGGAAAAGGCCGAAACGCUUCUUUCAAAACUUGCUGCCGAUGAGAAGAGGUCCCGCUGCCAAGAGGAGUUCACAAAGCUAAAGGAUCAGGAAAACGAGGCACUGAGGGAAAGAAUGAUGGUGCUGGAGAAGCAUCAGGAAGAACUUUCCUUAAUAAAUUCAAAGAAUACUGAGCUGAAAAGGGAAAUUCAGGUCCUUAAAGACAGGCUUGCAGAAGAGAAAGCCAAAUGUGGAGAGGUUGCACAGAGAUAUCGGCUCAAAAACGACAUACCUGAGAAGAAGAUGAAGUUUAUGCGGUUGGAGAAUAUCAAGGAUGAGAACAUGUAUAUGAACAUAACCUGCCUUUUUCACAUAGCGACAAAAAUCCCAUUCAGGCUAAGCCAAGGAGAAGCUCUCAUCACGUUUGAAGAGGAAUGUGUUGCCCAGGGACUGAUCCAAAAACACUGCCAUAAUGUGAACUUUGAAAGUAAGAUGAUAGCUAUGAAAGCUCUGCCUGUUAUCCUGGAGAGGGGAGUAACAUUUGAGCUCCAUGCUAAGAUCUCUAGAAAGCAGAUUAAUGUUUCUAACAUCCCACACCUCAACAUCCCACCAGAAUGGAUGAGAGAUAAGUUGGAACUGAAUUUGUACAAAGCUAAACUGGGAGGAGAAGUGCAGAAUGUGACCUAUGACCAGCAGUCCCAGAUGGCCCUCGUUACAUUUGGCCAGCCAAUAGCUGCUAACAACAUUGUGAGAUAUGGAAAAUGCCCUUUCCGUACAGGUGAAAGGACUCAUUUUGUCCUGGUUUCUCCUAUCAUAGAGAAGACUCUGAAUAGAUUUCAGAUAUUUUCAGGGAUUUCCAGGAGAACCAUACUGCUAACAGGAAUCAAGGCAGAAGAGGAUGAUGAUGAUGAAAGUGUGCAAGAUAUGAUUGCAAUCCACUUUCAGAAACCUAGAAAUGGUGGUGGUGAAGUGGAAAAUGUCAAAUUCGUUUCACAAGGAGCCAAAGUUGCUUACUUUGAGAAUGAUGCAGAGAACGUUAUAUGACAGAGGAUGAAGUUGAACUCGACUUUCCAUUCUGCAAAGGGCUUCACAGAACAAUAAACAUGCUCUGUAUUUUAUUUUAUUUUAUUUUAUUACACUGGAUGGUGUGCCUGCUUUUUUUCUAAAUCAAAAGUCAUUUUUCACAGAUAGGAAGGUUCUCCUCUGAUCCAGCAAAAGUAAUGACAAACAGUGCAAUCCUAUCUAUGCAUGUUUACUUAGAAGUAACUCUCACUGUUUUAAAUGGGGUUUACUCUGAAAUAAGUGUGCAUUGGUUUGCUGCCUAUGUUCAUCAGACUGUAAAGAACACAUCACUAGGCAAGCACUGAUUGAUCUUAGCGCCACAAUAGGAAACAAACCCCAACAGAGAUGAUGGCUGAUAUAAGAUGACCACGAGUCCUUUACAAUCUCAGGAAAUUCAUUAUAUACUAAGUCUUUAGAGUCAAAGGUUCAUUGCAGAUAGCUAAUAUUGGAUCCUAGAUUGCUGUUAUGGUCAAUACAAUAUAAGUGCUCAUAAUAAAUUGGUGUGUUUCGAA